AUGCUGGGAGACAAGACUCACGGUGUGACUCUGAAGGUUAUGGACUACACAUAUGAUGAUGAUCUGGAAGAGCUGUGUCCUGUUUGUGGAGACAAAGUGUCUGGAUAUCACUACGGUCUUCUCACCUGCGAGAGCUGCAAGGGCUUCUUCAAGAGGACGGUGCAGAACAACAAGAGAUACACAUGUGCGGAAAACCAGGAGUGUAAAAUAGACAAGACGCAGAGGAAGAGAUGUCCUUUCUGUCGCUUCCAAAAAUGCCUCAACGUCGGGAUGCGGCUUGAAGCGGUGCGUGCAGACCGCAUGCGUGGGGGGAGGAAUAAAUUUGGCCCCAUGUACAAGAGAGACAGGGCCUUGAAGCAGCAGAAGAAGGCUUUGAUACGAUCCAACGGGUUCAAGCUGGAGAGCGUAGCUCCUCCACCAGCCUCUCCUCUGCAGACUGACUACGGCUUCACUGGCACCCUGCACGGCCUGCCUACCAUCUCUAAAAGUCUCCUCCCCUCCACCCCAAGCUCCAUCACCCCCACAGACUACGAGGCCAACCUCUAUGGACCCCCAUCCCUUGGCAUGGCCAUGCAGUCCCAUGUCCCCCUUACCACUCAGUACCAGUACACAGCCCUCCCUGGCAGGGCGAUUAAAGCUGAGUGCCCCGACUACACCAGCUCCCCCGAGUCUCUGACAGGAUACCCCUACCCAGAAAUGUACCCCUCAGCCUCACCGCAGCCUCCCAGCCUGCCGCCGCUGGUGCUGGAGCUGCUGCGCUGCGAUCCAGACGAGCAUGUGGUGCAGAAUAAGAUCCUGACUCAUCUGCAGCAGGAGCAGAACAGCCGGGGCCGGCUGGACAAGCCCAGCACCUUCAGCCUCAUGUGUCGCAUGGCGGACCAGACUCUCUUCUCCAUAGUGGAGUGGGCUCGGAGCUGCAUCUUCUUCAAGGAGCUCAGGGUGGGAGAUCAAAUGAAGCUGCUUCACAACUGCUGGUCUGAACUUUUGGUCCUGGAUCACAUUUUCAGACAAGUGCAACAUGGAAAGGAAGACAGCAUCCUGCUGGUGACUGGCCAGGAGGUGGAACUGUCGUCCAUCCUGUCCCAAGCCGAGGUCACUCUGUCCAGUCUGGUGCAGAGAGGUCAGGAGCUGGCAGUGAGGCUUCGGGCCCUGCAGGUCGACCGCAGAGAGAUCGCCUGUCUGAAAUUCCUCCUCCUGUUCAACCCCAAUGUGAAGCUGCUGGAGAACCAGGCGUUCGUGGAGGGCGUCCAGGAGCAGGUGAACGGGGCACUGCUGGAGUACACCCUGUCCACCUACCCUCAGUUCCAGGAGAAGUUCAGCCAGCUGGUGGUGCGGCUGCCGGAGCUGCGCUCCCUCAGCACGCAGGCUGAGGACUACCUGUGCUACAUGCAUCUGAGCGGAGAGGUGCCCUGCAACAACCUGCUGAUCGAGAUGCUGCACGCCAAGAGAGCGUGUGUGUGA